UACAAUGAUGGAAGUGACGAAUACUUCAAGUAAUAUUGUUGAGCCUGAUGAAUGGACACCUAUUACACCACCUGAUGGUUGGGUCUUGUUACCGAGUGUAAGUCCCAGUAGUGAAAGUCCACCAAAAUUACCAAUACAUACAACAGAAAGUUCAACUACAACAACAACAACAUCAUCAACAACACCAAUUUUCACUACAACUGAACCAGUGAAAAUCUCUCCAAGUAUUGCUUUAUCCACCUCCACUUCUAUUCCUUCAUCUCCCUCAUCACCCAUGAAACCUAUAGUUUUCCCAACAGAAUCGACGUCUUUGCCUAGUGUACAGCUAAAUGAAACAUCAAUGAAUAUUACAACACCAAAAGUUCCUACAUUAGCAGAAAAAAUUAAUGCAUCAAUAACAAAUAUGGUAUUUUCAUCGACUGCGAGCAGCAUUAAUGAAAAUGAUGACUUUACAAUGCGACCAGAAUUAAAUAUGUCCGAUUAUAGAGAAGUAUGCGGCAGAAGAAUGUAUCCACAAGCACGAAUUGUUGGUGGAAAGAACAGUACGUUUGGUCGAUGGCCAUGGCAAAUUAGUUUACGACAAUGGCGAACAUCUACAUACUUACAUAAAUGUGGAGCAGCUUUAUUAAAUGAAAAUUGGGCAAUCACUGCAGCUCAUUGUGUUGACAGUGUUCCUCCAAGUGAUUUACUUCUAAGGCUGGGUGAACAUGAUUUGACUUCGGAAUCAGAACCAUAUGGAUUCCAAGAACGUCGCGUGCAGAUAGUUGCCUCACAUCCACAAUUCGAUCCAAGAACGUUUGAAUACGACUUGGCACUUUUAAGGUUUUAUGAACCAGUUACAUUCCAACCAAAUAUUAUUCCUGUAUGUGUUCCAAACAGUGAUGAAGGAUAUGUUGGUAAAACUGCCCAUGUAACUGGAUGGGGACGAUUGCAUGAAGAUGGGCCAUUACCAAAUACUUUACAAGAAGUAUCAGUACCAGUGAUAAAUAACAGCGUUUGUGAACAAAUGUAUAGAAGUGCUGGUUAUAUUGAACAUAUACCAAAUAUAUUUAUAUGUGCUGGUCUCAGAAGUGGCGGUUCAGAUUCUUGUGAAGGUGAUAGUGGCGGGCCAAUGGUAAUACAACGAUCUCAAGAUAAACGAUUUAUAUUAGCUGGAGUUAUUUCAUGGGGUAUUGGUUGUGCGGAACCAAAUCAACCUGGUGUAUAUACUAGGAUUAGUGAAUUUAGACAUUGGAUUAAUCAAAUACUCCAAUUUUAAAUUUAGUUAAAAUUAGAAACUAUUGUGAUCAAAACCCUAAUUAUAAUAUUAGAAACAUUAAAUAAUUAGCAAUGACAAUUAUUAACUUUAAGUGUCAUUUCCAAUGUGCAAAAUUUGUAAACAACGAACUACCAACAAUUUGGAACAUCAAACAUCAAAUUCAAUAUAUGUGACUAUAUUUGAAAAGGCACAGGAGAUUAAUAUUCCAGGAUCCAAAAAUCUAAACAGACUGAUAAGUUACACAUUAAAUAUUUUAUUAUAACUGUGGCAUAUUUUGGCCAAUCUAUUCCGGGAUUCAUGAAUGAAAUUCCAUUCUAAGAUAGAGAAAAUGUAACAGAUUCAAAAUUUAUCACGUUUUCAUAUUACCAAAAGCACUGACCAAGGUCCGUAGAAAGUACGAUGUAGAAAGUUCAUUGUUUAGUCGCCAUAGUUGAAUGUCUAAGAGAUUAAAGAAUAUUUUUAAUCACCAAAAAGUAGAACAAAUAAUUAUUUGCGACAAGCUAAUAUUAUUUUCUUACGUUAGUUAUUUCGUUUCUAAAGAAUUUAGGAGUCUGUGGCAUCCAUCAUUUACUUGCCAUAUUUAUUCAGAAUACAAAAAUCUAUUUACGCGAUCUUUCUAUAUACUGCCUGCAGACUUCAGCAGUUACUUGGUAGGUGUGCAAUUAUACCUACAAUCAAAAAUAUGACGCUGACGCUGAGUUUGAGCGUCACAUUAGAUCACGUGAUCAGUUUAGGCUAUGAUACCAUCUGAAAAAAACUAAGAUAAACAUAGGCGCCCGUGGCUGAAUUUACGACGCAUACCUGGGCGGGCUCUAGUCAUCGGUCGUUGUGUACUUUGUACUGCGCAUCAGGCUAUCUAAGUGAUUAAAAACAAUUGAAAAUUAAAUUGAUUGAAACAAAAGACAGCCUGAUGCGCAUUACAAAGUACGCAACGUCCGAGGACUAGACCUCGCUCAGAUAAGCGCCUUUUUUCCUGCUACUCUCUCCACUCGAGUUGCACGUCCUAAUAUGUUCUUGAACCAAGCAUUAUGGAUAUGGUGAUUAAUUUAUCAUUACCAUGUGUUUUAUUAAAAACUAGGUUAGGCAAUGACUUUUAGUAUGUAUACCUCGAGAUAUCGACUUUCGAUAUUAAUAAACUUUUUGUCCCUUAUUUUUACAAUUUGACGCCUGCGCUUGACGCUGACCAUAACUUUAUUUUUUUCAGCUUUAAUGGAAGCAUUCAAGCGUCAUGAUGAGGUUACAUCUUAAGUUUUUUUUUUUUAUCGUCUUACAUUAGCUGGAAAGUUUGAAAUAUUAAGAAACUAAAUUUCCUUACAAUUUUUUUUUUUUUACUCGUCAAAAUCAAAUUUCAUACGGAGGUCUUUGGAUCUGAGUGUAAUAGGAUGGUUGUAGAUUUUCUGGUGUAUCUAGAGCACAACUAUGGUUAAUUGACCGACAAAAAAAGAUGAGGAUAUGAAUUCGAGUAUAUUUGUAUGUGUGUGCAUGUUUCACGAUAUCUUCGCUGAUUAUGAACCGGUUUUAAUUUCAGGGUAUGCUUUCAUAGCCGCAUUUAAAAUUGGAGAAAAUAUUCCAUCCUUAAAGGGGAUGAGGAAAGAGAAUAUAAAAGUUAAGGGAUGACAUUUUUUCUUCAAAUUUAAGGCGACUUUAGUCAUUAAGACAUUCAAAAGGGUAUACGUACUAAAUAGUAAAAUCACUAAAAAGUA